GUGAAAGUAUGCGGCAGUAAAGACUUCCAAGCAGCAGGUGGCAGCACAGGCGCGGACCUUCACCCGGAAGUAAUCUUUUAUUACGUCGCUGAGAUCCCCAAACACAAUGAAUCCACUGACCAAAGUGAAGCUGAUCAAUGAGCUGAAUGAGCGGGAAGCUAACCUGGGGAUCAACGAGAAGGCUUCGUGGCACAGCGAGUACAAAGACAGCGCCUGGGUAUUCAUCGGGGGUUUUCCGUAUGAGCUGAGCGAAGGCGACAUCAUCUGCGUCUUCUCGCAGUACGGAGAGGUCGUCAACAUCAACCUGGUGCGUGACAAGAAGACGGGCAAGUCCAAAGGCUUCUGCUUCCUGUGCUACGAGGACCAGAGGAGCACCAUCUUAGCAGUGGAUAACUUCAACGGCAUCAAGAUCAAAGGGCGCACCAUCCGCGUGGACCACGUCCGAGACUACCGCCCCCCCAAAGACCACGAAGACAUUGACGAUGUGACCCGGCGCCUCAGGGAGGAAGGAUGCGCUCCCUCCGUGAAUCACACGCCACCGGAAUCCCUGUCCUCGGCCGAGGAGGACGACGUGCCCCCAAAGAAGAGCAAGAAAGAUAAGAGAGAGAAGAAGAAAAAGAAAGAGAAGGAAAAAAAGAAAGACAAGAAGAAGAAAAAGAGCCGAGCAUCUCCUUCGUCGUCGUCGUCGUCUUCUCCUCCUGCCGCCGUCCGAGUCAAAGAGGAGAAGGAGGACAUGGCUUAUGACAAGUACGAACAGAGGAGGGCGCCAGUCAAGGAGGACAGGAGACGAGGGGACGAAGAGAGACGCCGAGGAGACGAGGAGAGAAAAGGACCAGAUGAGGAGAGAAGACGAGGAAAUGACACAAGAAGACGAGAUGAGGGUAAACGACGAGGAGAGCAGGAGAGAUACAGAAGGUGACCAUGGUGUAUAUGUGGGUCAUUUUUGGUUUUGUGGAUUAUUCUUUAGUGUAUCUUUGUUAAUUGUGGUUGAAAUAUGUUAACAAUGUUUUACUUUUUUUUUUUUUUUUUUAAACCAAAAAAAAAAAGAUUAAACCCAUGCAAAAUUUA